CACACAACAAAAUAUAACUAGUUUUGACCACACGUCUGCGCGAGUACCUACAUAAAACAAUCGCGUAGUGACAUGGAAAAUAAUCACUUCGCGCUUUUAGUAAUUUUAAUGAUAGUAGUUCUGUUGACACGCGUUAAUUGUCAAGAUUACAUACCGAGUUACAAAAUAGCAGCCGUAUUACCCGUUUUGGAAGUGAACGAGAAGAAUUUCAUAUCCAUUCAAUAUGACACCGGAUGUUCAAAAAAGCUGCGUGAUGAUGCGCUGCUAACGGUGGAAGCUUUGUAUUAUGCAUUCGAUUUCGUAAAAAAAAACGUUUCACAAGAAUUCGACUUAAAUAUUGAAGUAAUCGAAACUUGCGGAAACAAGCUCACCAACCUGAAAGGUUUUUCAAAAUUAUAUGAUGAGACGCAGCAAUCAGAUUCUGAAAAUGGUACCUUAAAAGGAGUCAUAUAUUCGGAUGAAUACGGGCCUUUCAAUUAUGAUAGACUUUUCCAAUCGAUGGAUUUAAUUCACUGCAGCAUUUCAGGACCUUUGAAUAAGAGUUUCAGCUUAGGAGAAAUCUCCACACCGUGGGCAAUUUAUUCUACAACUGGUCAUUUUUUCAUUCUUGAUAUUAUAUUUCAAAUUGUGGACGAACAAAAUUGGAGGCACGUUUUGUUUAUGGACCCUUAUGAUCUGAACGAUGAAAAAUUCAAAGGCAAACAGUUACUGGAACGUGCACAAAAAUUAGCAAAACGGUACGACAUCUGUCUAACCUCAAGACAUGAUGACAUAACAGAUGAAACUUUGGCGAGCGUAAUUAUUUGUUUCUGCAAUGGAGAUCAAAUCAUGGAAUUGAAAGAGCGCGUAAAAGAUGUAAUAAAAGAAGAAUUAGAAAAAGAGAAUAAAUCUAGAAAAUUCGUAAUUGUCGCGGGAAGUACAGAUGAAUCGUGGAGAGAAAGAGUGAUAUGGGAACCGAAUGUUGCAGACUUAUUUUAUGUCACGCCAAGAGUUGGGUACGUGAAAGAAUUCCACGAUUAUUACGCAUCUAUAUCCACAAAAAAUUUGACAGAAUAUCCUUAUUUGGAAAAAUUCCGGCAACGUUAUAGCCGACUUUUCAGUUCCAUCGCUGACAGCAACGAAACAUUCGAUGGUACAGAUAUAUAUGAAAAAACUUACAAGAAUAGUUCUCGGGUCCUAAACGUCAUGAAAUCAGUUUUUUUAGUGGCACACAAUACACCCAAUAGUCGUCCAGAACUGGAUUCCCCAAUUGCAUUUUUCGGCGAAGAUCUGGAAUUUGAUGGUUUUAGAUUACCAAAUGGUGAAAAAUUUGAAGUAUACAAAUAUCAAGAAACAAACAAUGUAGCACCUCAUAAUUUCAUCAAAAUCGCAGAAUAUUUGAGAAGAGGCUGGGAAUUUUUGAGCGAAGACUACUGGAACGAUACGGAAACGGGAUGGGAACCGAAUAUUAUACCAUUGUUCAUGAACAAGGAACAUUUUCAAUAUUCAUCAGAUGAAGUGAAAUCUCACUGCAGUGACCCAUGUUCAGCAGGAUACAAGAAGAAUUUUGAAAAGGAUCGGUGUUGUUGGACUUGUACUAAAUGCGAUGUAUUGGAAAGAACGAAUCUAAAUCAGACCUUAUGCAUAAAAUGCGACGUUGGUGAAAUACCAGAUGAAAACCGAAAUAAAACUCACUGCGCUUCCAUAUCUACCCGUAUCCGAAAACCAACCGAAUGGUACAAUUGGCAGAAUUUGAUAUGCAUGUGUUUUUCUUCAUCAUCUGUCAUACUGACGAUUAUCGUAUCGAUUAUAUUCAUCAAGCAACGAAACACUCCCGUGGUCAAGUCAACAACGAAAGAACUGUGUUAUGUAAUGUUCGCUGGAAUUGCGUUGGCCGAUAUCACCAUUUUCAUCUCAGCCUUGAGCAGGGAAUUCAAAACACCAGCGGCGAAAGUCCUGCCAGCGACUGGUUUCACGAUGAUAUACGCUGCUUUAUUGAUGAAAACAAUUCGAAUAGCGCGCAUCUUGCCCAAAUCCGAGAAUUCGUUUCCCAGUAUACAUCCAAAAUUUGUUUCCAUAACGGCUCAGAUUGUAACAGCCGUGGCGUUAAUAGGUCUGCAGUCAUUGAUUUGCUGGCACGCGGUACAAACCAACGACACAAUGAACACUGAGACAGAUGUUUUAAAUUACGCACUGAAAACGUAUUAUUUGAAUGGAUUUUUUCUGAUGAAAAUAUUUGGUUUCGUCGGGGUGUUAAUUUUAUUCUGCAUGUAUUUCGCGGUCAAAACGCGAAAUCUGCCGGGAAACUACAAUGAAACCAUGCACGUGGCGUUUUCAAUGGUCACAACGAUCAUAAUAGCCAUGUUUUUCUUUUUGAUGUACCUCGUCAGCGAGUAUAAAAUAUUGGUGGUAAAUUUAGCCAUUUCGAUAAAUUCGCUGUCGGUUCUGGUGUUCUUGUUUUUACCAAAAUUGAACAUAAUGUUGCGUAGACCUGAGCAAAACACAAAAGCCUAUUAUGCAACCAUGGCACCUAAUAUUCGCAAGCACGUCAGAGAAGAACCUCAUCAUCAGCAGAAAUUAAAUAUUAGACCAGAAAUAGCCAUCAGAUUGAGAGAAAAAAAAGAAUUAGAAGAAUAAUUAUUUUAUUUGUCAAGCUUGUUGAAUUAUUUUUUGAAAAAAUUUUCAUUAGCAAAAAUUGAAAAUUAUUAGGCUACGUUAUUGAAAUAUUGAAUUUGAAAAAUCGUAAAAACGUAGUAAAUUGAAUCAGUGUUUGAAACAGACACUGUUUUAAUCGGUGUUUGAAACAGACACUGUUUUCAAUCGGUGUUUGAAACAGACACUGUUUUCAAUCGGUGUUUGAAACAGACGCUGUUUUCCAAUCAGUCUUUGAAACAGACACUGCUUUCAAAUCAGUGUUUGAAACAGAAACUGUUUUCAAUCAGUGUGUGUGUUCACACCCAACUUAAAACCAGUGUUUGAAACAGGCACUGUUUUCAAUCAGUGUUUGAAACCGACACUGUUUUAAAUCAGUGUUUGAAACUGACACUUUUUUUAAUCAGUAUUUGAAACUGACACUGUUUUCAAAUCAGUGUUUGAAACAGACACUGUUUUCAAAUCAGUGUUUGAAACAGACACUGUUUUCAAAUCAGUGUUUGAAACAGAGACUGUUUUCAAUCAGUGUUUGAAACAAACACGGUUUUCCGUCAGUGUUUGAAACUGACACUGUUUUCAAUCAGUGUGUGUGUUCACACCCAACUUAAAACCAGUGGUUGAAACAGACACUGUUUUGAAUCAGUGUUUGAAACUGACACUGUUUUUCGAUUAGUGUUUGAAACAGCAAAUGUUUUGAAUCAGUGUUUGAAACAGACACUGUUUUAAUCAGUGUUUGAAAUAGAUACUGUAAAACGUGAGAAAUAAAAUGAAUUGAUCGUGAGAAAACUAA